CGCAGACACCGGUCCGGUACUCGGUGCUGCUGACCUCUCCUAGUCCGCUUCUGGAUAUGGGAUGUGUUUUCUCUUAGUUUGGCCUUGAUUUAGUACGGUGUCGGACAUUAGUGCAGCGGACGCAGCGGUGAUCGUAACAGAGCAUGUCCACCAUGGUUUACCCACAUGAGGAGAGACUAGAGAAGCUGACGCAGGAGGAGAUAAUCUCCAGCACUAAACUGGUGAUUCAGGGUCUGGAAGCUCUCAGGAGCGAGCACAACUCCAUCCUGCAGAGUCUGGUGGAGACCAUCCAGUGCUUAAAGAAAGAUGAGGAGGCCAGUUUGGUUCAUGAGAAGUCCAGCCUGCUGCGCAAGUCUGUGGAGAUGAUUGAGCUGGGCCUGGGUGAAGCGCAGGUGAUGAUGGCACUGUCCAACCACCUGAACGCAGUGGAGUCAGAGAAGCAGAAGCUGCGUGCUCAGGUGCGACGGCUCUGUCAGGAGAACCAGUGGCUGAGGGACGAGCUGGCCAACACACAAUCUAUCUUAAUAGAAACAGAGCAGCACAGACUGUAUAUAAACAAGAAUCAUGCUAAAUUGAAUAUUUAAAAAAUAAAUUAUUCGAUUUUGUUUUAGGAAGAGAAAAAUAGUGAGACUCCCAGAGAUGCCCUGGACGAUUUGUUUCCCAAUGAUGAAGACGACCAGGGUAAGGAAGUACAAAAACGGCACAACAGCGCCGGGCUUGCUGCCGCUCAGCAGGGUGGGUAUGAGAUCCCAGUGCGCCUCAGGACCCUCCAUAACCUGGUGAUCCAGUACGCCGCUCAGGGCCGCUACGAGGUGGCCGUGCCUCUCUGCAAACAGGCUCUGGAGGACCUGGAGAAAACCUCUGGACACGACCAUCCCGAUGUAGCCACCAUGCUCAACAUCCUGGCUCUGGUCUACAGGGACCAGAAUAAAUACAAGGAAGCUGCUCAUCUCCUUAAUGAUGCCCUGUCAAUCAGAGAAAAGACCCUGGGCAAUGACCACCCAGCUGUGGCGGCCACCCUCAACAACCUGGCGGUCCUGUACGGAAAGAGAGGAAAAUACAAGGAAGCAGAACCACUGUGCAAGAGAGCCUUGGAGAUCAGAGAGAAGGUGUUGGGGCGGGAGCACCCAAACGUGGCCAAGCAGCUGAAUAAUCUGGCUCUGCUCUGUCAGAAUCAGGGGAAGUAUGAGGAGGUGGAGUAUUAUUACUGCAGGGCUCUAGAUAUCUACGAGAAAACACUGGGACCCGACGACCCCAAUGUCGCCAAGACCAAAAACAACCUGGCUUCAUGCUAUCUGAAACAGGGCAAGUACAAGGAAGCUGAGAUCCUCUACAAAGAGAUCCUGACGCGCGCCCACGAGAAAGAGUUUGGAUCUGUAGAUGCUGAAAAUAAACCCAUCUGGAUGCAUGCUGAGGAAAGACAAGAGAGCAAAGGAAAGCUGGCAGAUGGGAAUCAUUAUGGGGAAUACGGUGGCUGGUACAAAGCCUGCAAGGUGAACAGCCCCACGGUAAACACCACGCUGAGGAACCUGGGUGCUCUGUACCGUAAGCAGGGGAAAAUAGAGGCGGCUGAGACCCUAGAGGAGUGUGCCAUGAGGUCCCGCAGACAGGGAGCGGCAGUGGAUCCUCAGAGAGAUGGAGAGAGGCGGAGGAGCACUGCAUCCAUCUCCAGCGUGAAGUACGACUGCAGCAAUGACGCCGGAGAAGAGGGCAGUGUGGAGUGGAAUGGGGCCUAAGCUCUGCUCAGCUUCCUCUGUCUGCUCUUGCAACAAAUCAGAUCUGAUGUAAAUGGUUUGCUCUCUGCCGGGUGGAGUGUGCGUGUGUGUGUGGAGAGAGACGCCCAGCACAGCUUUAACUCUUGCUAAGGCUGAUGGGAUAUCAUCUUACAUUUCCUGUGUGUUCUUGCUCUCUCUUUCCCUGAUUCUUCUUCCAGACACGGACUGAUUUCGCUCGUCUGCUCACUCCUCCUUGUUCUCUGCGAUGUCUGUUUUUGUGCCUGCAUUGUUAACUGUGCUACACUGAUUUAUAACCUGUAAUAUACAACCUCAGUGACACUCUGAUUUAUGAACAGGCCAAAUUAAAAUAAAUGAGAAAUUAGAUUGUGCCUAUUGCACUGGCCAACUCUCAGAUAAAUGAAUGUUUAAUCUAACAAAAGGGAAAGUGUAUAUGGAAAUACAGUGGAGUCCAACAUUCCGAGUCUGCUGAUAAUUUCGCAUUCUUUACCAAAUUAAUACAUUUCUUUUAUUUCCCAGUUAUUUCAUUGCCAUUACAAUUGAAAGGUUAAAUUCGAAAGUUAACAUAAUUUUCCUGAACAAAGAAAGUUGUACAGUUUUGAAACAACAUGAGGGCGAGUAAAUGAGAUACCACUUUAAAAAGUCACAAAUUCACACUAGUGCAGAAUUUUAAAGACUUCUUGUUCAUUUUCUUAGUUUUACAUUUAUAUCUUCGUCUUCAGAUUUUAUGGUCUCAAACUUUUGGACCUUGUUACAUAACUCAUGUUAUAGCACAGUUACCGUUUAGUUCAUUAGUGUUUUGUUGGAUAUGUGUCAAGUCGGCUAAACUCAUUCUUCAUUGGCUUUUGUGUUGCCAAAGACAUGUGACUUUAAGAAAGGCCAAAAGUUCAGACAAAUUCUGCUCAAUAUGCCAACAGCAGAGGCGGUGAGUUUCUUCAGAAACUGAAGCUAUUUUUGCAAUUCCGUGUGGUUUUGCUAAUGGCAUAGAAACGGCACACUUCAUCUUUCAAUGUAUCACUGUAUGUGUUCACUAUUCAGGAUUGGUGAAUUAGUGCGGCUGUAGCCAAUACUUCACUGUAGUCGAUUGACUGCAGAUUC